AUGAUCACGUAUGGCCCAAGUGAUCCUGUUCCGGCCGCGUCCAGCAGCCAUGAGGCCUUGGUGAUCGAGGUACUCACCAACAGUUACAUCAUCAAAAAAGUGUACGUGGAUCCAGGAAACUCAGUAGAUGUCAUGUACUAUCGGACGUUCGAAAAUCUGAAACUGACAAGAGAGCAGCUCAGCCCAGUCAGGACACCUCUUGUGGGCUUUGGGAGACACGUUGUCCAUCCCGAGGGAAUGGUCACGCUAACGGUGACUGUUGGCCAUCAACCUCGGUACCGAACCAUCCCAGUUAAUUUCGUGGUGGCCAGGGCCGAUUCCCCCUACAAUCUGCUUAUGGGUCGGCCCACCUUGAACGCUUUGCGAGUUGCUGCGUCUUCGUCGACGUCCGAGCCAUGGACCGAAAGCAGGAGGUCUAGCAUUAUGUCGAUAGACUGCAUCGAUCAUCACAAAUCUGUGAAGUCUUAA